GUAGUGAGGAGUAAAUAAGGCAAGGCGGGGCGGGGCAUGGAUAAGGGAAACGGUGAAUGGAAAGCAGAGUUUUCCCCAAAUUAGUGAAACGCAGCAGCGGUUAACUUGCCGCUCCCAAAACCCUAAUCUAAUCAUCCCUCCUUGGGCGCCGAUGGCCGGAAUCGAAGACCCUCGCGCCGCCGCUAACGGCGACACCCCCCACGCCUUGAAGAAGCCCAAACUCUCUUUUAUUACGGAAUCGGAACUCCGCGAAGAAUUCGGCCACCACCAGUCCGGAAUCGCCCGACUCAACAACGGCAGCUUCGGCAGCUGCCCUGCCUCCAUCAUCGCUGCCCAGAGAAGAUGGCAGCUCCGGUUCCUCCGCCAACCCGACGACUUCUUCUUCAAUCACCUCCAGCCUCAGAUAAUCCAAUCCCGCGCCGUCAUCAAGGAUCUUAUCAACGCCGACCAUGUUGAUGAGGUGUCCAUCGUCGACAACGCCACCACAGCUGCUGCAAUUGUUCUUCAGCAUGUGGGCUGGGCAUUCGCGGAAGGCCGUUUUCAGAAGGGUGACGCUGUUGUCAUGCUCCACUGUGCUUUCCAGGCUGUCAAGAAGUCCAUCGAGGCCUAUGUUACGAGGGCUGGUGGCUCUGUCAUUGUGGUUCACUUGCCUUUUCCCGUGAAUUCCAAUGAAGAGAUCAUAGCAGAGUUUCGCAAAGGCUUGGCCAGAGGUAAGGCAAAUGGUAAGAAAGUACGACUUGCCAUAAUUGAUCAUAUAACAUCAAUGCCCUGUGUUGUGAUCCCUGCGCGUGAGCUCGUUAGGAUUUGUCGAGAGGAGGGCGUGGAGCGCGUCUUUGUAGACGCUGCCCAUGCCAUAGGCAACAUUCAUGUUGACGUCAAGGAGAUUGGUGCUGAUUUUUAUGUCAGCAAUUUGCACAAGUGGUUUUUCUGCCCUCCCUCUGUUGCAUUCUUGUAUUGUCGGAAAUCGCCAGUAUCACCUGAUUUGCACCAUCCUGUGGUUUCACAUGAAUAUGGGAACGGUCUGGCCAUAGAGAGUGCGUGGAUUGGAACACGAGAUUACAGCUCUCAGCUGGUUAUUCCUGAAGUUUUGGAAUUCACUAGACGGUUUGAAGGUGGCCUUGAGGGGAUUCGGAAUAGAAACCAUGACAAGGCGGUGGAAAUGGCCCAAAUGUUGGCCAAGGCAUGGGGCACAAAUCUUGGUUCGCCUCCAGAAAUGUGUCCUAGUAUGGCUAUGAUUGGCUUGCCUUCUAAAUUGAGAGUUUUGUCUGAUGAUGAUGCACUGAAGUUGCGAUCACACUUGAGAGACCAUUUUCUGGUAGAAGUACCCAUUCAUUGUGAGGUGCCAAGAGAUGGGGAGACUGGAGCCAUGGAUGCAGAUGGUUGCAUAACUGGAUAUGUUAGAAUUUCUCAUCAAGUAUACAAUACUCUUGAUGAUUAUAUCAGGUUGAAAGAUGCAAUUAUCCAACUUGCCCAAAACGGAGUGUCUUGGAAGAUGCUUCAAAGCUAAUGAAGAGAUUAAGUGGUGCAGCUUUUAGAAGAGAAGAGUGGAGACAUCGGGAUAAAUAAACUGCAUGUGGCAUGCUAUUGUAUGUGUGAACUUGGCUUGAGGAGCGAUGAAUUUGGAGAGUGCUGCUGAAUAGUCAAGCAAAGACUGUCAUGGAAAUGUUGAGGUUUUCUUAUUUGAGAUGUGAGAGUUAAGUUAACAAGUAGAAGCUAACAUCUUAGUUCAUGUAUCGGACUGACAAUAAAUUUGUAACUAUUUGAGUAUGUUGUCUUUGCAAAUUGAGCCGUGAACAUGAGUUACUGUUCACAGCUUUUAUGCCUUUUUCUGGAAAUGAGAUGGCACUACUGAUCAGAUAAA